UAUAAAAUGUGGUUGGGCUCACUAAAAAUGAGUAAAUUGAUGAACUUGGAACUAUAUAUUGUUGAUGUGAUGGAAGGAAAUAUCCAUCGAUUGCUGUAUCUGUAAACAAGCUUGUCUAGUUUAGCUAAUCUUGGCAGGAAGUCGUACAAGUUAUGUUGACCACAUACGAUGCUGGAAAAGUCGGACGUACCACCGCCACGACCGUUUUUAUCCAUUCUAUGGGUCCCGCUCAAAUUAAUGGCAACUUAGUUUUGUAUGUCGUGAACUAUACAUGUAUCAAUGUUGCUCCCCUAGCCGUGUAAAUAUUUCCAAUAUGCAAAAAUUGCAGAACAAUAAUAAAUUUGAGAGGAAC